AAACAGCCAAACGUAAACAACAAUUAUGGACUUUUGAAGAAAAUAAAUUUUAUUUGUUUUAUUUAUCACUUGUAUACAUUUUAUAAUACAUUUAAUAAACAAAUUAAGUAAAAAAAUGGCUAGUGACUGGAUAUGUGUGCCUCGAUUAUAUGAGGUGACUAAAAAUCAAUUACAGGGCUAUCAAACCUAUGAGCAUCCUCUCAAAUUGCCCACUGUUACGAUGGUGGAUAGUAAGGGUACCAGACCCUCCAGCAUGGGCAGUAAUACGAGCAGUAGAUCAUCGAGUAUGUCGAUAUUGGCUGAGCCACUAUUGCAGACUCUGGAUGGCAUAGAUCCAUUAACACAGUUUGCCAAACAGGAGGAGGAACUAAUGGAUCCACUGUCACAAAUGGCUUCGGAAUAUGAGUCUUUCAAAAAAAUCAAAGCCAAUAAACAUGAAAAAGACAUUUUGGCCGACGAGUCUUUAAACUGGAAAUCAAAACGUUUGACGAUAUUAAAUAAAUUUACCACAUCGGAGAAACUAUCCAUAUCCACCAGCUUCUUAACAACUUCAGCACAAACUCAUCCGGGAACAGAUGCUAUUAAAGUGCAAACUGUAGUCUCUGAUAAGGUAAGAUUUCGUUUAGAACAAUUGGAUGACUUUGAGGAUGGCUCUAUGCGUCAUAUGAUGGAUUUAACGCAACAGGAGUAUAUACAGCGUAUUGAACAAUUAAAUCAUGAAUUGGUGCAAUCUUGGCAUAAUGAUCAACGUGUUAAGGCUUUAAAAAUUGCCAUACAAUGUUCUAAGAUUUUGGCGGAUACCUCUGUUUUGCCCUUCUAUCCCAGUCAGUUUGUAUUGAUUACGGAUAUUUUGGAUAUUUUUGGCAAAUUAGUUUAUGAGAGAUUGAAACAAAAGACUUUGUCGGGACCAGAUUCCAUGCGUGCUGCAAAUUGCGCUAGUGCUCGAGAUACUUGCCUUAAUUGGUUUUUCAAAAUAGCCUCUAUAAGAGAACUGUUGCCUAGAUUGUAUGUGGAAAUAGCCAUUUUAAAAUGUUAUGAAUUCUUAAAUGAAAGCUAUGAUGAUGCCUUACAACGUUUAACCCAAAUGAUACGUGGCAUAGGAGAUCCUUUAGUGGCUACAUAUGCCCGCUGCUAUUUAGUGCGUGUUGGGGUCUUGGUAACCACUAAUAAAUCUUAUAUACAAAAUAAUUUUAAAGAUUUUUUGUCAGUUUAUCAAACGGCUUUUAGUGGAGCCAUACGUUCCGAGUUAAAUCGCCAGAGAGUUGAUAUGUCCAUUUAUUUAUCUCUUUAUGGGCCAGCACUGAAUUUCAUUUUGCAAGCUCUAGUGCACAAGAACAAUCUAUAUACGGAGGACAUUUUGAAAGAUGUACAAAAUGUCAAAAAUAACGGCACUAUAUUAAUGGCCAUUUUACAAGCCUUUCAACCCGAAUUUAUAGCCUCAAAUGCUUUUGAAUUUGUUAAUGUCUUAACUUCAUCCAACACUGAGGGCAUAUCAAAAUCACAACUCUUCAAGGCCUUGGGUUCUAGCAUGAGUAGCUGUAAUCCGUUAUUUGAACAGCGCAAUGCUUUUUUGAUAGAAUCAUUUAAAACCAUAAAUACAUUUACGGAUCCCAGUGAAUAUAUAACUUGUGUUGAAUCCUGGGCCCAAUUUGUGGCCUCCAAUUUCCCGAUCAAUGAACUUAAUCGUUUCUUAGGCGAAAUUCACACUCGCAUUGCCACCACCAAAGUUGGCGAAAAGCAUCAUCAGCAAUUGCGUAACAUUUUGGAUAAAAUUUUGCAGCAUCAGAAAAAUAUUGAGCUGCUUUUAGUUCAGGAUAAUUUUUUGCCAUUUUUAGAUUUAUUUCAAAAAGAAUCGACUAAAGUGGAGGCCGGUAAAUAUAUCUUAGAUAUUUACAAACGCAAUGGCAAAGAGUUCACCUACGAUGCCGUGGUCAUAAAUGCCUUAAUGUAUGUGGGUAAAAUACUCAAUGAUUCGGUUAACGCCCUUACCGUUGAAGAUGAACGUCGUCAAAUUUCGCAAUUAAUCUGUCACUUUAUACGAAAAGUUUACUACGGUCGUGAUUUCGAAAAGCAACUUAGUUUCUAUGUAGAAGCCCGAGGUUCUUUUUCCAAUCUAGACGCCGUUUACAACACGCUUGUCCAGAGUGUCAACAAACUGGCCAUGGAAACAUGCCAAAUUGUACAAAAUCAACAUUCCCGCAAGACACAGGGUUUUGUUAAGGCUUGCAUAGCCUUUUGUUUUAUCACCAUACCCAGCAUAACGUCGGUGCAGCAACAAAUGGACUUGUAUCUGUUAAGCGGUCAAGUGGCCUUAGUAAAUCAGUGUUUGGGACAAGCGGAUGCUUGCUUCGAAGAGGCCUUAAACUUAGUAGCGCAAUUACCAAACUCCAUAGAAAUCGAUGGCAAAGCCAAGAGUAUGGAUUCGUAUUUGGUAUCAUAUCUGAGUAAUAUGUUAGCUACAUUAGUACUAGUGCCUGAUAGUCCGGAACGUGGGGUUUUAUAUCUGUUAAAUUUACUGCUAGAUGUUGUACAAAAAUAUCCAUUCGCUUUGAAUACGGCUGGGCCGACAAAAAUUUACUUGAAUGCCUUGGAUAUGCUGUAUGUACAAAAUUUGGAGGAGUUUCCUUAUCAUGUGCCGCAGGUGGUUUCCAAUGAUGAGCUAUACGGCCAUGAUCCCAAAUUUCUGGCCGAAGUUAAUAAUAUUUGUAGAUUUGUGGUAGAGGAGGUACUGAGACAAUUAAGUAUUUUGGGUUCAUCGCAACAAUUUAAAUUACAGGCCACUUUGUCCUUGGAAUUAUUUUUGAGAAUUGUUCGCUAUGCAGAUCUAGCAAAAGAGCAAACAUUUCAGUUGGCUCUUAAUCUUUGGUUUUUGGCCACCAAACAUGAGUCUCAUUUGGAACCAAAAUAUAUGCCACGCAUUUUAAAAUCCCUAGAGGAUCUUUAUAAAUUACUAAAGGAUACUAAAUCGAAAGAUGCCAAUAAUUUAAAGGAAUUACUUUUACGUCUACAUAGUAAAUAAGUUUAAAUUUAGAUAAACUGACAUCAAUUAACAUAGGUAUAUUAAAAAAUGAAGAAAAAUUUAUUUAAAAAAACCCAUGAAAUUCAAUUCAAAAAAUAUCUAAAAACUAAAAAUUUUAAAUUUUUUUUAAAUCUAGUUAUAAGUUGUAAUGGCCAAGUUCGAGCAAAUAUUGCUUAAAAUUAUUAAAUUAGUUUUGCAUAUUUUUUUUUUGUUUUCUUAAAAAAUUUGGUAUUUUAAUCCAAGAAAAACUAUUUUUAGUUAAUAAAUUUAAGUAUGUAAUAUUUAAUAACCUUAAUCAUUUCAAGGUAGUUUUUUUAAUACUUUACAUGCAUAGUGUGUUCAUAUAUUUAUAUGAGUAUUGUAUUUAAUACCGCUAAAUUUAUAUUAAUUAUAAAAAUAUAUUAAAUAUAUAUAUGAGUUAGCGUCAUAUUUUAUUCUCAUAAUCGAAACAAAUAA